GCCAGGCCGGGGCUGGAGCGGCUUUCGGCCCGGCAAAGCCGGGUUUGGCCUCCUUUGGCUGGCGGGCGGAAUGGAGGCUGCGACGUGAAACCCCGAGCUGUCUUGAGGCCGGCGGGGGUGGGGGUGGGGGAAAGAGGCUUGUUAAUUAAGGGUGCGGAGAGCCGCAGGGCCUCGGAGGCUCGGCGGCGCUGACUGUUGGAAGGCAGAGAGGAGGCUGGCGCGGAGCUAGUCUUUCCCCGGCCUUGGCGGGGCAGGCCGCCCGCCUCGGCGCUCCCCGGCCAGGCUCUCGAAGUUCGGGAGGCCAGGCCUACCGCUGCCGCUGCCACCUCCGCGGCGCGCUCUGUGCAGACUCGGCCUUCUUUUCUCAGUCCAGCGCUUCGGCCUCGCACCUGCCAGAUCAACGCCCAGGGCCGCGGUGGGCCGAGGUGGCCGCGGGGAUGGAGGGAGAGACCUGACUGACAGCAAAAAACUGUGCUCAGAAAAAGCAAAAGUCUUUUCUAGACUGAUUGUAACGAAAACUAAAGGCAUGGUGUAGGCAUGUACUGGCAUUGAAAACAUUGAUGAAGCUAUUACAUUGCUUGAACAAAAUAAUUGGGACUUAGUGGCAGCUAUUAAUGGUGUAAUACCCCAGGAAAACGGCAUUCUGCAAAGUGACUAUGGAGGUGAGACUAUAUCAGGACCUGCAUUUGAUCCAGCAAGUCACCCAGCUCCAGCUCCUGCUCCCUCUUCCUCUUCAGCAUUUCGACCUGUAAUGCCAUCUAGGCAAAUUGUAGAAAGGCAACCGCGGAUGCUGGACUUCAGGGUUGAGUACAGAGACAGAAAUGUUGAUGUGGUACUUGAAGACAGCUGUACUGUUGGAGAAAUUAAACAGAUCUUAGAAAAUGAACUUCAGAUACCUAUGUCUAAAAUGCUGUUAAAAGGCUGGAAGACUGGAGACGUGGAAGACAGUACGGUCUUAAAAUCACUACACUUGCCAAAAAACAACAGUCUUUAUGUCCUUACACCAGAUUUGCCGCCACCUUCAUCAUCUAGUCAUGCUGGUGCCCUGCAGGAGUCAUUAAAUCAAAACUUCAUGCUGAUCAUCACCCACCGAGAAGUCCAGCGGGAGUACAACCUGAACUUCUCAGGAAGCAGUACCAUUCAAGAGGUAAAGAGAAAUGUGUAUGACCUCACGAGUAUCCCUGUUCGCCAUCAGUUAUGGGAGGGCUGGCCAACUUCUGCCACAGAUGACUCCAUGUGUCUUGCUGAAUCAGGACUGUCUUAUCCCUGCCAUCGACUUACAGUGGGAAGAAGAUCUUCACCUGCACAGACCCGGGAGCAAUCUGAAGAGCAAAGCACCGAUGUUCAUAUGGUUAGUGAUAGUGAUGGAGAUGACUUUGAAGAUGCUUCCGAAUUUGGGGUGGAUGAUGGAGAAGUAUUCGGCAUGGCGUCAUCUGCCCUGAGAAAAUCUCCAAUGAUGCCAGAAAACGCAGAAAAUGAAGGAGAUGCCUUAUUACAAUUUACAGCAGAGUUUUCUUCAAGAUAUGGUGACUGCCAUCCUGUAUUUUUUAUUGGCUCAUUAGAAGCAGCUUUUCAAGAGGCCUUCUAUGUGAAAGCCCGAGAUAGAAAGCUUCUUGCUAUCUACCUCCACCAUGAUGAAAGUGUAUUAACCAACGUGUUCUGCUCACAAAUGCUUUGUGCUGAAUCUAUUGUCUCUUAUCUGAGUCAAAAUUUUAUAACCUGGGCUUGGGAUCUGACAAAGGAUGCCAACAGAGCAAGAUUUCUGACAAUGUGCAAUAGACACUUUGGCAGUGUUGUUGCACAAACCAUUCGGACUCAAAAAACAGAUCAGUUUCCACUUUUUCUGAUUAUUAUGGGAAAGCGAUCAUCUAAUGAAGUGUUAAAUGUGAUACAAGGUAACACAACAGUGGAUGAGUUAAUGAUGAGACUCAUGGCUGCAAUGGAGAUCUUCACAGCCCAACAACAGGAAGAUAUAAAGGAUGAGGAUGAACGAGAAGCCAGAGAAAAUGUGAAGAGAGAACAAGAUGAGGCCUAUCGCCUUUCACUUGAGGCUGACAGAGCAAAGAGGGAAGCUCAUGAGAGAGAGAUGGCAGAACAAUUUCGUUUGGAACAGAUUCGAAAAGAACAAGAAGAAGAACGUGAGGCCAUCAGGCUCUCCUUAGAGCAGGCCUUGCCUCCUGAGCCAAAGGAAGAAAAUGCUGAGCCUGUGAGCAAGCUGCGGAUCCGGACCCCAAGCGGCGAGUUCCUCGAGCGGCGUUUCCUGGCCAGCAAUAAGCUCCAGAUCGUCUUUGAUUUCGUAGCUUCCAAAGGAUUUCCAUGGGAUGAAUUCAAGUUACUGAGUACCUUUCCUAGGAGAGAUGUAACCCAGCUGGACCCAAAUAAGUCAUUAUUGGAGGUAAAGUUGUUCCCUCAAGAAACCCUUUUCCUUGAAGCAAAAGAGUAAAGAUGGCUCAGCAGUGGAACCAGCCAUUCCUUGACAAGCCAGAGGCCUGCAUCAAGAGGAGGGCUCCUCGUCAACCCAUUUACACGCUCGUCUCACUCAACUCAAUGUCACACUUCUGCCUCUUGCAAGAUUGCUGGAAAAAAGUAAUAAUAAACAUAGCUACUUAAAA